AUGCCAAAAUACGAAGUUACGCUUAUAUCACUGGGUAAAAUCAUACAAGAGUUACACUUUGGGCCGUAUGCUAAGGAUUGGUGGAUUCCUCGUUUAGCUAAUGAUAAUGUAACAUACACGUAUCUCUAUCCAGUUCGUCUCGGUAUGAAAACUAUAACUACAAUAAAUCAGUGUGACUUUAUAAUUACAGUAGGUCAGGAUGGUUUUGAGCCUGGAUAUUUAUGCCAAUCCGAAGCGUUGCAAAGUAAUAUAUGUAAACAUUCAUCAGAAGCAGUUACCUCUGCGUAUCAACAGGCCUUUUUUACAAAAACUAGAUUAGACGGUCUUUUGGUUAUGGGAUUUGACAACCCAGAAAUAUGUAAAACGUUACUUACUGAUAUUCAUUUUCAUCCUUAUACUUUUAAAAUCAGGAAUGUAAGUUUGACAAUAUUCGGAAUUGAUAAAUCGAACAAUCCUAAUUGGAAUUAUGCUGGAAAAGGAUACCAAAGCUCUUUUUUACAUAACUUUCGCAAAACUCGAGCAUUGUUUGUUCAAGAAUUUAGUAAUAAAGAGGCAAUUAUUAAAAUAUAUCAAAAUUCACAAGAAACAUAUGUUUUUCGUGAUACUGACCCUAAUGCAGUUUGGAAUAAAAUUGGUAUAUUAACACAAUUUACAGGAAGCAUGCUAUUUGGACUUGAACAUAAAAAAACAAAAUCAGAAAUUAAUAAAGAACAAACUCUCACAUGUACAGUUGAAGAUUGGCAAAAUGAGCAGACUAUGGAUAAGCUAUUUAAUUAUCAUCUAAAAAAAUUUAUUGCCGUGUCUAUAGAAUGGAAAAGCUUUUUUAUUAGUUGGCUAAAUCAAGAAAGUAAUGUUAUUGAAUUAACAACACAGCUAAAAAAAAUAUACCCACUGGAUUAUACUAUUAAAGAUCGCGAAAUGCGUGCAUAG